CACACGCACCAGCCCGCCAUGUCCGACGACAAGAAGCCGCGCAAGCACGCCAAAGACCGCGCCGAGAAGAAGGCCUCCAAGAAGCGCGCCCGCGACGAGGACACCGCCGCCACCUCUACCACCACCGCUCAAGAACUACCCGCGCACGCGUCGCCCACCAAAAAGCCGCGCACCUCCGCCUCGCACCAUGCCAGCGCCGCCGCCCCCGUAACCAGCACUGCCGCUCCCACAAACGCAGCAGACGAAUCGCCCAUCCACCUCCAAACCACGUCCUUCUACCUCCCCCUCGCCUCCAUCGGGCAGUCCUACGCGCUCGAAGCCCUCUGCGCCGAGCACCUGUCGCCGCUGCUGCUGACAUACUACCCGCCGCUGUCCGGCGUGGUGCUCAGCUACAGCAACGCACGGCUGUCGGAGGCGCCUGCCGCAGGGAAAUCGGCGCACGCGCCCGUGCUCGCCCGCUCCAUCGACGAGUACGCCGUCUCGUUCGCGUGGCUGACGGCCGACUUCGUCGUGCUGCGCCCCCGUCCCGGCGCGCUGCUCGAGGGCAUCGUCAACCUCCAGAACGAGUCGCACCUGGGCCUCGUGUGCUGGAACCUGUUCAGCGCGAGCGUGGACCGCCGGCGCUUGCCUGCCGACUGGGUGUGGGUGGAGGGGGGCGAGGGCGAGGCCUCCGACUACCAGGAGGCCACCGACAACGACGAGACUGCGGCCGAUGGCAAGAAAUCCACAAACGCGCACACCCCCGCAGCAGGCCAAGGCUACUACACCUCGGCCAGCGGCGCGCCCAUCGCAGGCAAGAUAUCGUUCCGGGUGCGCGACGUGGAGAUGGCGCCGCGCGCGGGCGAGGACCGCGGCUUCGUGUCGAUCGAGGGCACGCUGUUGGGGGAGGAGCAGGAGCGCGCGCUCGAUGAGCAGGAGCUGGCGCGGUGGGCGCAGCGGGCGCAGGGGCCGAGGAGGGGUGGGAGGGCUAGGGUUGCGUUGAGGGGGGGUCGGUAGUGGGGUGUUGGGUAAGGUGUGUGGAGGGAGGCAUGCUGGGGAUGGGGUGGGCGAGGGGGAGAAACGCCGAAAGAACAACAAAACCAAAAGAACCAGGGCGCAGAACUACACAGGCGCACGCACGGCGCACCGGAAGGAAGGACAUGCAUAGACACAGACAUGGACAUGGAAGGAAAAACGGAUACACUGAAAUAUCCACCCAGCCAGCUUGAUGCAAUUAAUUUCGUACUUUUUUUUAUAUUGUUUCUUGUUGUUUGCUUUGGAUUGGGUUGUG